AUGCCCAAAAGCAAGAUGUGUUUCUGUACUAAAUGUGGCAACGAGGGCCAAGUGCUCCACAUUAAGACAUGGAACGAUCAUCAGAAUGCUCAAAAGCGACACACCAGUUACCAGCGCUACGCCUCAGAUGUCUUAAGGGUGCCAGUGUCUGCCUCACCGAUCUCGGCUACUGGCUCAGAUAUUGAUAAUGCUGGGCAAAUAUUUGACAACUCUGAAAGUGGCUCAUUUCCCCAACAACCUAAUCCUAUUGGCAGCUGCCCGGAGCCUGACGUAUUUUUGGCACCGCCAUUGCCUGGAUUUAUUAAUGAGUGCAAUAACGAUUCCCCUCCACAUUCCAACACCAUCCAGCCCAGCGAUGAGGCUUCAGCUGAAGAGGAAACAGGAUCCCAACCAUCUAGCGAUGAGGAGUCUAACUCCAGUAAUAUUCCGUUCAAUUCUGGGUCUGCACCUCUGGACGACUCGACCGCCCUUCCGGCAGCACCAUCAUCUACUUUCCCUUCUAUACCACUAAUCCACUGUGUCUCUCAAUCUGGUGGUGUGGAUGAGAACUCCCCGGACCCUUUCCUCUCUCACACUGACACGCAACCCUGA